UGUUGCGCACGGUUGGUGAGGAUGCCGGAGCCUGCUAAAUCAGCGCCUGCGCCCAAGAAGGGGUCGAAGAAGGCCAUCACCAAGACCCAGAAGAAGGGGGACAAGAAGCGCAAGAAGAGCAGGAAGGAGAGCUACUCCAUCUACGUCUACAAGGUGCUGAAGCAGGUCCAUCCCGACACCGGCAUCUCCUCCAAGGCCAUGAGCAUCAUGAACUCCUUCGUCAACGACAUCUUCGAGCGCAUCGCCGCCGAGGCCUCCCGCCUGGCCCACUACAACAAGCGCUCCACCAUCACUUCCCGGGAGAUCCAGACGGCCGUGCGCCUCUUGCUGCCGGGAGAGUUGGCCAAGCACGCUGUGUCUGAAGGCACCAAGGCGGUCACCAAGUACACCAGCUCCAAGUAAAUUUCUCCCCGAGAAGACAGUUCAAAACCCAAAGGCUCUUUUAAGAGCCACCCACUUUCUCAGUAAAAGAGUUCUAGUCAUUUAGUCUCUUAUGGUACACAGAAGGAAACACUGUAAACUAAAAGCUGUAUUUUUGCUCUAAUGCUUUAAGCUGUAAAGAUCAUGUUUUAUUGUA